GCAGAGUAGUGUUCAAGGAAAGGUAGCUUUUGCAUAAAGUGGAGGUUCUUACUGAAAAUUCUUCAAGUUUUCGAAUCUAUCUUAUAUACAGAUAAUAAAUUAUCAUGUGUUACAAGAUAACACACACUGUUCAAUAAAUAUUAGCAGAUUAUAACCAUUUUUAGCAGUUUUAUAUCUAGGAAUAUAUUGGAGUAAGCGGUCGAAAUUGUGGGUCUAAUGAUGGAACUGACAUUAGCGGCAUCCACCGGUUCCAGAGCACAUAAUAUCCAAGCGCGCCUGAUGUAAUCGGUAAAACAAGUAGAAAGUCUGUGCUCGAAAAAUCUCUUCUCAUCAUCUCGAAUGAUCGGCCUUAAACCCGGGUGUAGACAUUCAAAAAAAUCAAAUCUCUAUGUAGUUAAAAUGUCGUCAAAUGAAUGGAUUCCUGAACGGUUUACGUCAUACGUCGAGUAUGACCUGAUAAGUAUUUGGUGGUGACGGUAUAUUGAAAUUAAAUCGAGCAGCAAUAGUCAGGGCAUACCAGAUGCAUUAGAUGAGCAUUGUAAUCUAUCUACGGCACAUCUAAAUCACAUUUUGUUCCGAGAAUUAAGCUGUAGUUAUGUAAGGGUCGCGUUGAUUCAAGUUGUUCAGGGCUAUUGGACUACUGAGACGUCCUACUUUAAUGAACACAAAUAUUUAAAGUUAAAUAGUAGAUGUCUGCACAAUAUCGCUUCAUGACGACAUAUAAUAAUAUUUCAGAAUCGUUUUAAAAUUUUAUCCUCAAUCAAUAGCAAAUCCCAGGGGUUAGCUAUAUCGGGAGUUAAAAAUUGUCUCGUUUUGAGAUAGUUCGCGCUUUUUGGCUCGAACACGAUUCUCGAAAGUUAGCCAGUUGUACGCAGGUACUACAACAUAUGAUUGAAAGACUAGCGACAAGACAUACCAAGCCAUCGAACUCGCUUUCACAUCAUUUGUACAUGUAACACAAAAUUUGUUUUUUCAAUUACUUUAUAUAUUCAAAUCCGCACUUACUUUGAAUUCUUUGUAAAUUUUCACCGCACUUUUAUUCAAUGUGUGAAUUCCCAGAAGUAAACAUCAAGGCGUCAAAAGAAAGAAGAAGUUUCCAUAAACAGACACCUUCACGUGAUAUAAAUAAACAUGGACAUCACCAAUGAGUUUCCAGACCAGGCUUUCGUUGCUGAGGAAAUGGCUCACGAAGUAUAUGUCAAUGAUGGACCUCCAUGGGGAUUUCGAAUAUCCGGAGGAGCCGAUGUUUACAAACCUAUCAUCAUAUCGAGAGUGACACCAGGAUCGCCUGCUUCGAAAGCUGGCUUGAAAGCUAAUGACGUCAUCGUUCGAUUAAAUGGGAUAGGUUUACAAGAUUUGCCGCGACAUCAAGUAGAAGAAAUGAUCGUGAAUGCAGAUGGGACACUGCGACUAAUGAUAUCCAGUGGCAUUAAGCAAUUUCAACACGGAGCACCGACAGCAGCCGACCCAGCCUGGGUGGCGUUGGCCCAAAAGAUGGAAAAACCGAGAGAAAUCGGGGAAGAAGCCGCGGAAGGAGGACUCGUCACAAUCGGAAAACAAUUUGGUGGAGUAGAUAAGCACCCAGUGCAUGUGACGAGUUCAACUCCUUCUAUAUUUGAAGCUAGACGAAACCCACAGGCAAUGCCACCAAAUGCUGUCAUUCCGGAUAUCCGGGUUGUACCCGACACGAAUCGAUGCCAAGAGUGCCAAAAAGCAUUGGGAAAGGAAUAUACCACAGUUAGUGGAUUGAAUUUCCAUCCUCGCUGUUUCCAUUGCGCUGCACCAAACUGCCAAGGACGACUAGAUCGUGGAUUUAUUAUUGAAGGAGAUCGACCUUACUGUGCUGAUUGCCACGAUAAAUAUUUUGCAAGACCAUGUGCAAGAUGUGGGAGAGCAAUCGUCGGGCAAGUAUAUCACGCGCUCAACCACCAAUGGCAUCUUGACUGUUUUAAAUGUUUCAAAUGUGGACAACCAUUCUUGGAUGGAAUAUUUUACAUGGAAGAGGGGAAGCUAUACUGUGACACCGACUACAAGAAACUUUUUUCGUCCGCAUGUGAUACCUGUGGUAGUGAUCUUGGGCCGGGGGACAAAGUUGUAACAGUUGGACCGCGACGUUGGCACGAUCGAUGCUUCAAAUGCCAGAGAUGCAGCGCUGGCCUUCAAGGAAAGAAAUUUGUGCGAAAGAACAGUUUGCCAAUGUGUCAAAAUUGCGCAGUGGCCGUUAAAUAGAUGGUCUUCUGAUGUAUUUGAUCGCCGUCACAGCAUAAAGCACAGAGCUAUCAUAUGUCGUUUAUAUAUUUUAUUCUAUUUUAUUUUUAAAUUGUAUCGUACUAGAUGUGGAUAAUGUGAUUUAUUUUACUCAUUUGCUGUAUGGCAAUCUUUCUGCUCCGUUAGCAUCAUUAUACGUAUUUAAUACACGUUAGGUCACCACUUCAUACUUCAAGAAGAAAAACUUUCAGACUUCAACCUCCAAGUGCUGAAAGUUUAAGAAAUUCGACCAACGACAAUAUUAAAAUCCAGAGCCGUGCUAACUAAAAUGAGAACAUUAUUUAAGCUGUAUGGCUCUGGAGUAGUUUUACGGAUAUAGCUUUCUCAAUAACGUCAAACAACAAUACAACUUGGCCCAAUGAAAA